GAAGCUUUUUGGCGAAAAUGGCCUGGACAUCGCCCUCAUACAAGAACCAUGGAUAAACACCAAGUCCAUGGCAACAGGACUCAACAGAGCAGGAAAGAGCUAUGCAGUGAAGAUAUAGUAGCUGCCUACGUCGAUCUCAAAGGGAGAGGAGCACUGAAGGUAAUAGUCUGCUCCGCCUACCUGCCCGGAGAGAAGCAAGACCCCACAGAAGAACUGACUAAAGUGCUAGAGUACGCUCAGGCACAAAAGGCGGAACUUAUUGUGGGUUGUGAUGCCAACGCCCACCACACCAUCUGGGGGAGCACUGGAAUCAACAAAAGGGGUGAGUUACUAUCCCAAUUUAUCUUUACCAAUUGUCUGCACUUGUUGAAUAAGGGCAACACGCCCACCUUCGUAACUAGAGCUAGGCAAGAAGUAUUAGAUAUAACCUUCGCUACUGAAAAGGCGGCAAGCUGCCUAGCCAACUGGCGUGUCAGCAGCGAAAAUUCAAUGUCGGACCACAGACAUAUUUUGUUCAGGACUCUCUAG